AUCGACCUAGCCAACCAUGUGCGCUAAAAUCGCUCUUCUCCUGGUUCUUGUUGGAGCUGCUUCAGCUGCUGUUCUCCCUGAUAAGUUCUAUGGAACUUUUGACUUGGACCAUUCCGAAAAUUUUGAUGAGUAUCUCACUGCUAAAGGAUACGGAUGGUUCACUCGUAAACUUGUCACUUUUGCCACAUUCAAAAAGGUGUUCACUAAGACUUCCAACAAGAACCUCUUUGACUACUCCAACUUGACAUCAAAGAAAGACGUCCAUUACAAGAAUGUCCAACUUGGAAAAGCCUUCCAGGGAGAAGGACUUGACAGCACCAAACACGAGAUCACUUUCACCCUCAAGGACGGACAUUUGUUUGAGCAUCACAAGCCACUCGAGGGAGGAGACGCCAAGGAAGAGACCUACGAGUACCUUUUCGAUAAGGAAUUCCUUCUUGUGCGCAUGAGUUUCAAUGGAGUUGAGGGACGCCGAUUCUACAAACGACUCCCAUAAAUAUUCAGAAACUAUUGUAAUUUUUGUAUGAAUUGAUUUCUCAAUGUACUUUUUUUGCC